AUGUCCAAGUUCGCUCCCGUCCUGAGGUCGCUGGCCCGGCAGCCUUUGCCCAGACCAGCUCUGCCUCUCCGGACAGCUCGGUACGCUCCUGUCGCCGUCCGCGCCUUUCACAACACCACUCCCCAACGCAACGCUGCUCUUGGCCAGCCUCACCUUCUGCCCGAGUUCAGCCUCCGCAAUAAGGUCAUUGUCGUCUCGGGCGGUGCGCGAGGUCUAGGUCUUGUUCAGACUGAGGCCCUGCUCGAGGCGGGUGCAACAGUCCAUGCCAUUGAUAGGUUGCCCUCGCCCGCCAACGACCCCUCCUCUGGCUUCUCCAAGGUCGCCAAACGGGCAGAAGAGGAGCUUGGCACCUCCCUCACAUACCACCAGUCCGACGUGAGAAACGUUCCUGAGCUCAAUCGCAUCUUUGAGGGCAUCGCCGACACCACUGGCCGCUUGGAUGGUCUCAUUGCCGCCGCCGGUAUCAACCAAGAGACACCAGCACUCGAGUACACGGCCGAGGAUGCCGACAACAUGAUGAGCAUCAACUUCACCGGCGCAUUCAUGACAGCGCAAGCAGCUGCCCGCCAGAUGGUGCGCCUCAAGCAGCCGGGCAGCAUCUGCUUGAUCGCCAGUAUGAGCGGCACCAUUGCCAACAAGGGCAUGAUAGCACCGGUGUACAACCCAUCCAAGGCUGCUGUAGUGCAGCUCGGCCGCAACCUCGCUGCUGAAUGGGGCCAAUACGGCAUCCGGGUCAACACCCUCUCCCCCGGCUACAUCCUGACCCAGAUGCUCCAGAACCUCUUUGACGACUACCCCGAGCGCAAAACCAAGUGGGCUGGAGAGAACAUGCUUGGCCGCAUCAGCAUGCCGAACGAGUACCGCGGCGCCGCUGUCUUCCUCCUCAGCGACGCAAGCACCUUCAUGACUGGCGCCGAUCUCCGCAUCGACGGCGGUCACGCUGCUUGGUAA